ACAGCGUGUACAUGGUACCGAGGUGAAGUUGGUUACAGGUUGAAGGAGACUGGUAAUAGUGGAGUUUUUAAUUGCGGGUUUGGUAGUAAGAGUGCCGAUCCUGCGUGGCUGGUCUUGAAAGCUGAGAUUGCUUCAUAACCAUGUCCUACUGUCGGCAAGAAGGGAAAGACAAAAUUAUUUUUGUGACCAAAGAAGACCACGAAACACCAAGCAGUGCAGAACUUAUAGCAGAUGACCCUAAUGAUCCUUAUGAAGACCAAGGAUUAAUACUGCCUAAUGGGGACAUUAACUGGAACUGCCCCUGCCUUGGUGGGAUGGCUAGUGGCCCUUGUGGGGAACAGUUCAAAGCUGCUUUUUCUUGUUUCCACUACAGCACAGAGGAGGUAAAAGGCUCUGAUUGUUUAGAGCAGUUCCGGGCCAUGCAGGAAUGCAUGCAGAGGUACCCAGAGCUGUAUCCCCAAGAGGAUGAAGAUGAAAAUAACAAGCAGGAUGAAGUUGCAACAGUGACCACCACAGACACCAGUACAGCCAAAGAGGAGGAGUCUAGCUAAUACAAAUAAAUGGAGACACUUGUCUCCAAAGGUUAUGGAAAAACAAUGACACAAAUAGAAGGCGAAGUGUUUGUAUCAAAUUUUCAAGAGAAUGGUUUCUGAAGCUGUAUGUUUAAAGUGAGCAUCAUGGGAAAUUUAUACUCUCUAAGACAAGGAAGGUGACAGAUACCGCCCAAAUAUGUCACGGUAAUGGUAAUUUUACGAAGUAAGGACUUGUUUACCCUUUCCUUGUAUUGAAAUCUAGUAAAAAUUUAUUUUUUGGAACUCUGUGGACAGAAAAGCAGCCAUUACGAUUGUGGCAUGACCAUGUGAACUGAUUGCGUUUUCUGUGAAUAGAUGCUAGCUCAAAUAGCUUUCUAGGAUGAUCCUUUCGGAAUAUCUUUCACUGUGAAGGGGUUUAUAAUUUAUACUGGUUGGCAUGACUUGACCUCCUGUGGUUAAAGUUUUCAUUAAUGGUCAUUCAUCCUAGACAUGCACACACCUUUUGUCUUUUGUUUCCUUCUCAAAAAUCAUAUAUUCUAGGGGGAAAAAAUGUCUCGAGUGUUUAUUUCUUGACCAAAGAAAUUUGUUUUGCAAUGAGUGUUCAUUUAACCAGAGACCAAGUGAAAGGAGCAAAUGAGUUUUAAGAAAGGCCUAGGUUUUUGCAUAUGAAUUUAGAAACUUUUUCCCAGCAGUUUUAUUUGCUCUAGAAUUUUUCAAGUAUUUUAAUCUAGUCUGGUCAUUUAGGAUGAGAAGCUGUUUGUUUGUGGCUAGUCCUUUGUUCUCCUUCCCCAUGUGGGAAAUAACACUUUUGAAUGUCAUCAAAGGAGCACAAGAUGUAGUGUUUGGAGGAUUUCUCUCGGCUCAAAUUAAUUGGGUAUUGUUUUUAAACCCUUUUGGUGUCUGGGGGUGAGUCCUGCUUGAGAAUAGUCCGGUGGUAAGUUUUACUCUUCUAGAAAUCUUCAGCAGUGCCCAGCAAAGCCAUUCAUCACCAUUUAAACUUGCUGUGUGUUAACAUGGUUUGGUGAUCACAUUUUAUAAUUUCAUCUUGAGAUUUAUGAUGGUGUCUGUACUGAAGUACAGCAUUGAAUCUCUUUUCCAGUGUUCUAGUCUCACCCCCAUCCUCAGCAAGCUUGCUACUUGCAUAUACUUUGAGAUUGCUUAUCUCAAGGUAAGGAGAAAUUCCCAGAAUAUCUUAGUCUCUGAAUCGCACAUUUAGUAUUGAUCAGUAUCAUGUCCAUUUUAAGCCUAGCACCAGUAAGUUUAACUUUAUCAUUUUUUUAUUAAACAGAACUUUUUAAAAUGGCCCAUCCAUAUAAUAUGGACCUUAAAAUGUCAUAGUUUGUGUUUCUGUUCAGUGGAGCAAGUUUGUGCUUCACAGUACACUUGAUAGGGCAGUAGGCCAUUGUGAACAGACUUGUGCAAGUGUCUAUGAUGAUUACAGUCUGACAGAUUUCAUAUGUGGGGUGGAGUUGAUUCUACAUUCUUUCUGCUGUUCAGUAGUACAAAGGAUACCAUUUAGACUAUAGCCUUAUUGUGGCCCCUUUUUCCUAUCGAUGAUUCUGUUUUAAUUUACUUUGGCCUAGAAAUAUAUAAAUUGUGUCAAUUUGCUUCACCAAUAUAUCACUUUAUCUCUCCCAUUUUCAUUUCUCCUUUUCCAGUAGGUGAUUCUGUUUUAGUUUAGUCUUAACAUAGAAAGCUUUAAUUUGUUUCACUUCCAGUAUUUUGAAGUAUUUUAAGUGAUACGGAUUGCCAUUUGAAAAAUGAGAAAUUCUAUAUAUUAUAUAGACAGAGUCAGACUUUCAAAUUGAAACUGAUUCUUGUCAACACCUCCCACUCUAAUUGCAUAACCACUUUUAGAAUUUUAGUUUAAGGAUGGUUCUUGCCAAAACUUUUAUCUGAAAUAUCCCAUUUUCCAUUUAAAGAUCUGAGUUUUGUAUGAAUAAAACUGACAUUAAUGUCCAGUUGAAACUUUCACGGUGGAUUGCUUUCCUUGGUGCUAUUGACAUCAGCAAGUUUUUUUGUCCUGGAAUUUAGGCAUUUUAGAGUGUAGAACCUUGUGUCGUGUUGUAAUAGUGCACAGUGACAUCUAAGGAAGGUAUAGAUCUGUCAAGGCUGUGUUGUAAAUCCCUCACAAAGUUCCAUGGGUGUUAAAUAUUCCCAUGUCAAUACCAUUGUGCAAUUGGCCAUGCUCCCUCUUCAUUUUCUCUGCGUUGUGGUAUAAAGCAACUAAGGUCUUUGGCUCUAGUAAGAAACACCUCCUGAAAGUCGAUUGUUAUUGUGUGUCUCUUUCUGUUGAAUUGCUUUGUUAUCAAUUUUAAAAUAUUUCUAAUUCACAAGGGUGGAAACCUAAACUCUGUGACUACCAGCCUGUUUGUGCUGCAAACAGGAUGGUAAUGUGCACGUUUCCUUCUGAGUUCUGCUGAUUAGAUUCCAUUGGGGCCUAACCUGCAAUUGGAUAUUCCUAAAUACAGUAAGUUACAGCAUAUUCUGGUAAGAAAUUGCUUUUUAGGCCAACAGUACUGUACUGCCUCUUGUUCUGAAAGAAUGUGUGGCCCCAUAGUAUGUACCUAUGAUUUAUCCUGCUGUACCGUACACACAGGGAAGUGGCUUGACUUUAUAAUAUCUGUCCAGCUGUAGUGAGCUGUAUUCUUAGAUCAGACUGCAAUGAAGCACAGCCAUCCUCUAACCUUCAGUCAAAAAACAGAGGUAGUCCAAAGGGAUUGAGCGAAGUCUGAUAUCCCACCUGUGACCCAGAGUGUGACAGGACUAACAGAGUAUAAAGGAUUAGUUCAGAUAAAAUCACUUUAGCUAUCAAAUCUAUGAGACUCAAGUCUCCCUGAUACCCUCCAUGUGGGAAUAAUGACACCUUGGUGAAGUUUCCAGUAGUUUAUUCAUUUACAUAGGUAGAUGGAUGAGUGUUAGAACACACAUGCUUUUAUUCUAUCAACUUUCUAAGUUUAGAAGCACAAUAUUUAAAAUGUGUCCCUAUUUUUGGGCCAUUGUCCCUACGUUAUUUUAAGCUUUCUACAGAUUUAUUGUGCUAAGAGGUUCAGAUGUAUGUUUGUACAUUUUCACUUUGUUGGUAACUAAAGAACCCAUUGUGUUAGGUUGGCUUAAUGGUUACGGAGUUUACCUUACAGACACAAGGUGCAGGGUUUAGGCUUAAAAUGGCUCACAAGAGCACUUAGCCUAGUACUAAUCUAUGAACCUAUUUGUUAGACUUUUUAUUACUAAAAUGUACUGCUGCAUUGGUUGCAGUACCUUCUAGUUUUAAGUAUUUGUAAUAUCACUUGACCUUUAAACUUCUCAGUUGUGCUAGCUAUAAAAAAAAAAAAAAGAAUCUUGAGUCACAAUCUAGAAAGCAGCUAUUUCCCAAAUGUGCAACUCUUUCCAAACAAAUUUUGAUUCUUUGUUUUUACCAUACGUCAUUUGAAAUUACAUUGUGUAAUGUAUUCAUAUUGUUGUGGCUUUAAAGUUAGCUGCGAGUGUAUGGCAUUUCAAAAGCUAUGAAAGUCCACAAAGUUUUAGGUUUGCAUAGAGAGCUAGUUGUAGCGAUCCCAAUGACCAGAGAUUUGAAUAUCACUUAUAUUUUCAGGAGACCACCAUCCUUUGAGCUGUUGUAUUACUGGCAUCAAAUGAAACGAUAAAGCUUUUUGACACAACAAAGACUGACAUUUAGUAGCAUUUUUGAUUUCAUGGUCUUUAAAGUGAAAUGUUGUUCCUCAUUUACAAUAUCGUUGAGCUAUCAUGUGUAAAGAGAUUUUGCAUAACAGCACUCCAGUACUUCUCUGUAAGUAGAAUGUGUCUCAAUAUCGUUGAGCUAUCAUGUGUUAAGAGAUUUUGCAUACCAGCACUCCAGUACUUCUCUGUAAGUAGAAUGUGUCUUUAUGUGCAGCUUUUUUAACUGUAUUGAUUAGUAGGUUGUGCCGUUUGAUCUGAAGCAGCCAUCAGCAAUGUGCAGACGUUUGUCCACUGCCUGAAGUUUUACUGUUUGAAAUGUAAUGAUGUGAAUGAACUGCUAGCAAUUUUGAUGAAAAAUAAUAGAAUUGGGUCUUGCAUACUGUUUUUAUUGGAUGCAGUUUGACUGUGUUGUCCAUGUUACAUGGUCAUAGCUAAUGUUUUUUUUUUGGGGGGGGGGGGUUUGUAAUGCUUGUGAGCUGUGUAAAAACUCUUCUCUUGAAAAUUUCGAUUUUUCCUGAAGCACUGAGAAAUUUAUUUUAUAUACAGUUAUCAAGUUUCUGAGAAAAAAAAAUGUUAUUUCAUUUUAUCACUUCCACUGUUACCUAUAUUUUGUGCCGAAUCUUGUAAAGCCGCCUUCUGUGGACCACUUGAGUACAGUCUGCAUUUAACUCCCCAAAAAAAUAAUACAGUUGAUGCCAUCAGGAGUAGCAGCAUUUAUGGGAGUGAAGAUAACUGGGCUGCAGGACUAAUUAAAGCAUUUCUUUUUCUUCA